AUGGUCAAAGAGUUUGCACUUAAUAAGUGUCUUGGCCUAACCCCUGACAGCAGUCCUGUGCCCCUUGCCAAGGUGAGCCUGGGCUCAGGGACAGGGCCGAGCCAGGCCAGUACAGAUCUGCGGAUCCAGAGUAGAAGCUCCAGAGCCCCCAGGUUGGCCAACCGAGCCGGGCGUCUGCGGCUGAGAGUAGCGCCGGAGGCGGCCCCGCGCGGCCGGGAGGUGGGCGACGGGGUGGAGUCGCGGUCUGGCAGCCUCGCGGCUCCACCUGUUGCAGCGUCUGAGCGCGCCCGCCCCAGGAGGCAGAGCUCAGGGCGGACCUGUGGUUCCCACGCCGCUCGGCCGAGCAGAGCACGUCUAGAAGGAGGCCUGGGAGACAGUCCCUACGGAACCGCGCAGAGAAGCUGGUCCACCCGCCGGAUGCCGCCAGCGCGGGGGCCGGGCAGGAGGUGGGAGUCGGCGGACGCUGCCCUGCACAGUUCCACUCCAGCCUCUAAGCCCCGGUGGGUGACUCAGGAGGCACAGGCUGAACGCGACACUGCACCUAGAACACACCACUGUGGAUCUGUCUGGGAAAGCACCUCCCAAGCCCGCUGUCAUCCGCAUCCUAGCCGUCGACGGCUGGAGAAGCGACGGCUAACGGGGCCGGGACCCCCGAGAAUCCGCUUACCCACUGGACUCCGGGGCUCCCCGACCAAUUCUAAUCCAUUCGAGUUUGUCCCAAAGAUGCGUCACGCCCCCUCCCCAAUCUGAGCAAGGGAGGGCUCGGGGUGGAAACCCGCAUCCCCCAAGCAGAAACGGACUGUGCGCCCGGUCG